UCCUCCUUUGUGUGGCCGGGGAAGUGGAGCGGCGGCGGCGGCGGCGGCGAGGGACGGAUCUUAAUCAUGUCUGACAAAAGUGAGCUGAAGGCCGAAUUGGAGCGUAAGAAACAACGCCUAGCUCAAAUCCGAGAGGAGAAGAAAAGAAAGGAGGAAGAACGAAAGAAAAAGGAAACUGAUCAGAAGAAGGAUGUAGUUGCUCCUGCACAAGAAGAGUCUGAUCUUGAGAAAAAAAGAAGAGAAGCUGAAGCGUUGCUUCAAAGCAUGGGACUAACUCCAGAGUCCCCAAUGGCAGUGCAACCUCUGAGAAUAGUAACAGCGGAUACCUGUCUAUUUCACUAUUUAGUCCCUCCUCCUAUGUCUCCAUCCUCCAAAUCUGUGAGCACUCCAAGUGAGGCUGGAAGCCAAGACUCUGGAGAUGGCGCCGUGGGAUCUAGGACGCUGCAUUGGGAUACUGAUCCAUCAGUUCUUCAGCUCCACUCUGAUUCCGAUUUGGGAAGAGGACCCAUUAAACUUGGGAUGGCUAAAAUUACCCAAGUUGACUUUCCGCCCCGAGAAAUAGUUACAUAUACAAAGGAAACGCAGACACCAGUUAUUGCCCAACCAAAGGAAGAUGAGGAGGAUGAUGAGGAUGCAGUGGCACCAAAGCCACCCAAAGAACCAGAAGAAGAGAAAGCACAGAAAAAAGAUGACGAUGAAGAAGCUCCACCUCAUGAGCUCACUGAAGAAGAAAAACAACAAAUAUUGCACUCAGAAGAAUUUUUAAGUUUCUUUGAUCACUCUACAAGAAUCGUUGAAAGAGCUCUUUCUGAGCAGAUUAAUAUCUUCUUUGACUACAGUGGAAGAGAUUUAGAAGACAAAGAAGGAGAAACACAGGCAGGUGCUAAACUGUCUCUAAACAGGCAGUUUUUCGAUGAACGUUGGUCAAAACAUCGUGUUGUUAGUUGCUUGGACUGGUCAUCUCAGUAUCCGGAAUUGCUUGUGGCCUCUUAUAAUAACAAUGAAGAUGCGCCCCAUGAACCUGAUGGUGUGGCCCUUGUAUGGAACAUGAAGUACAAGAAAACUACUCCAGAGUAUGUGUUUCACUGCCAGUCUGCUGUGAUGUCAGCAACAUUUGCAAAAUUUCACCCAAAUCUGGUGGUUGGUGGUACGUAUUCUGGCCAGAUUGUGCUGUGGGAUAAUCGUAGCAAUAAGAGAACGCCAGUCCAGAGAACUCCACUUUCAGCUGCUGCUCACACGCACCCUGUGUAUUGUGUGAAUGUAGUUGGAACUCAGAAUGCUCACAACCUGAUUAGCAUCUCAACUGAUGGGAAAAUUUGCUCAUGGAGUCUGGACAUGCUUUCCCAGCCACAGGACAGCAUGGAGCUGGUCCAUAAGCAAUCCAAACCUGUAGCUGUCACUUCUAUGUCCUUCCCUGUUGGAGAUGUCAACAACUUUGUUGUUGGGAGUGAGGAAGGUUCUGUGUACACAGCGUGCCGCCAUGGCAGCAAAGCUGGAAUCAGUGAGAUGUUUGAAGGACACCAAGGACCAAUCACUGGGAUCCACUGCCAUGCGGCCGUUGGGGCCGUAGAUUUCUCCCAUCUUUUUGUCACUUCCUCAUUUGACUGGACAGUGAAACUUUGGACAACUAAGAAUAACAAACCUCUAUACUCAUUUGAGGACAAUUCAGACUAUGUUUAUGAUGUUAUGUGGUCACCCACCCACCCUGCCUUAUUUGCCUGUGUGGAUGGCAUGGGAAGGCUGGAUCUGUGGAAUCUCAACAAUGACACAGAGGUGCCGACGGCAAGCAUUUCUGUGGAGGGUAAUCCCGCUCUUAAUCGUGUGAGAUGGACGCAUUCUGGGAGAGAGAUUGCCGUAGGCGAUUCUGAAGGACAGAUAGUUAUAUAUGAUGUGGGAGAGCAAAUCGCCGUCCCCCGCAAUGAUGAGUGGGCUCGCUUUGGCCGAACGCUAGCGGAAAUUAAUGCCAACAGAGCCGAUGCAGAGGAGGAAGCCGCCACCCGCAUACCGGGCUAGAUUUCUUGAAAUUGACUGAAGAGUAGUAGUGGAUUUGAUGGUGAUUCUGAGUAGGUUCCAGAGUAAAAGCAUGCUUAAAACUACAAGGUAAAUGGAAGGGGGAAAAAUAGCGACUCAUCCUGUGGGCUUCAAGAACAAAUAGAAAUUAGCUGCAACCAAGUCAUGCAAUUUCACUUUUUAUAGAAUAACAUGCAUAUUGUUAUAGGAUUUCUGUAAUUUUUAAUACAGCUAGACCUGACUUCGCAAGGUGCAGAGUUCGCUGAGGAACGCAGAUGUAUAUUUGCUGUCGGUUGCUCUCGAACUUUUUUCAAUUUAUCAGCAUACCACUCUUUCUGAAAAGUAGGCUGUGUAAGUUCUACCUAUUUUUAAAUAAUCACUACUCUCUUACACGGAUUAAUGUUUUCACGCUAGUCCAUCUUCUGACCUGUGGUGUGUGAGACUAUUAUUGUUGCCCGUGGAAGUGCAUGCGUCUAGUCACGUUCCCACCUUUUGAUCCCGUUUCGUAUUUCUGCUUCACGCUGUACGGUAGCCGUGUCCAAAUAAAAGAAUCCAUCUAGGUGUAUUAACCUA